CUACCAUGGUGCCCCUUAGAUGCUCCCCACCCUCUCUGUUAUUCCCAUUGUUUCUCCCCAUUCUCCUCUUCAUUUUCUUCACUCAUCUAAAGGGAAAUCACCUUUCCAUCGAUUUUCCAUAUUCCUCCCUUUCCACCAUCAAAGCCAUCACAACACAAGUACAAUCCCAUCUUCAGUUUCUAGCCAACUCUGCAAAUAGAAGCCUUGGCCAUAGCACUAAGAAAAGGACUAGCUUUGAUAUAAUUGAAGAAGGUUUAGCAAAGGCUCGAGCCUCUAUCCAGGAAGCAAUUCUCUCUAGGAAACACAACAAUUCAGGAAAGCAAGAAGACUUUAUACCAAAAGGGUCCAUUUAUAGAAACCCUCAUGCUUUUCACCGGAGCCACAAGGAGAUGGUGAAGAGAUUCAAAGUGUGGGUGUACGAGGAAGGAGAACAACCAUUAGUGCAUUAUGGGCCAGUGAAUGAUAUAUACGCCAUUGAGGGUCAGUUCAUUGAUGAAUUGGACAACAGCAAGAGGAGUCCCUUCAAGGCUAGGACCCCUGAUGUGGCACACGCCUUUUUCCUACCCUUUAGCGUGGUUAAUGUGGUUCAUUAUGUUUAUAAACCUUACAUGUCCCUAAAUGAUUAUCGCCGUGACCGCUUACAACGGUUGGUGGAGGAUUACAUUGGCGUGGUGGCAGAAAAGUAUCCUUAUUGGAACAGAAGCAGUGGUGCAGAUCAUUUUCUCCUCUCCUGUCACGAUUGGGCACCAGAAAUAUCACAUGCAAAUCCUAAGCUCUUCAAGAACUUCAUCAGAGUUUUAUGCAAUGCCAACACAUCAGAAGGAUUCCAGCCCAAGAGGGACGUGGCUAUCCCUGAAGUGUACUUGCCUGUUGGAAAGCUGGGACCACCAAAUUUGGGCCAGCACCCCAUGAAGCGCACCAUAUUAGCAUUUUUUUCUGGUGGAGCUCAUGGUUACAUCAGGAAGUUGCUUCUGAAGCACUGGAAGGACAAAGAUAGCCAAGUUCAAGUUCAUGAGUACCUUCAAUGUGGCCAAAACUAUACUGAGUUAAUGGGACUGAGCAAGUUCUGCUUGUGCCCCAGUGGGUAUGAAGUGGCUAGUCCUAGAAUUGUAGAAGCAAUUAAUGCAGGCUGUGUUCCUGUGAUCAUUUCUGAGAACUAUGCUUUGCCCUUCGGUGAUGUGCUUAACUGGAAUCGGUUUUCCGUACAAAUCCCAGUUAAGAAUAUACCAAAGAUCAAGACUAUAUUACAAAAUGUAUCGGAAGGGAAGUACAUGAAAUUGCACAGAAAUGUGAGAAGAGUUCGGAGACACUUCGUGAUGAAUAGACCAGCUAAGCCAUUUGAUUUGAUGCACAUGAUACUUCACUCAAUUUGGCUUAGAAGACUUAAUUUCAGGCUCACGGCUUCACAAUAAGGAAUGUUUCUUCAUACAUUCUUGAUUUUCCAAUCUUAAGCCCCUUUGGAUAGAACUCGUAAGAGGUUAUAUAAACUAUCUUUGGUUAAGUUGAGUCACUAUUUCUGGUUUAUCUGAGCUGUGUAUGUUCUAAGCUAAAGGGAGAUGUAGUUGUUCAAGAUUUCCAUUGUGACUAGGUCUUGUGAACAUUACAGAUUCAGUUUAAAUCGGCAUUUUAGAUAGACAAAUGGUGAUUGAGUUGAUAAUUGUAUGUUAAAUCAUGGCCCAAAGUUGCAAUGUCAAGAAAUAGUAAUGCUCUUAUCGUACCUCAGUUUUGAUGAAUUCAAUUCUUAUCCAAAUAGUAUGAUGAGGACCCCCUUGGUACAGAUUUUUCCGUGUAGAUGUAAAAUAUUCUGAUUACUCUUCACAACAUUAUGAACUUGCACCACUGUUCUGUUCUGCUUCCCCUGUUUAGUUGUGCAUAGCUAUUACUAAUUUGAGUAAGAAAUGAAG